GCACGGAUCAUUAAUCGGUUACAGCACAUGUACACAGACAAACACACACGACGGGAGCUGCGUCUGCAGGCAGCCAGCUGUACCGGCGCCAAACGUAACACUAUAUUUUCAGUGAGUACUGUUAUCUGAACAGCCUAAAUAAAUAAAUAAUUACCGGUACAGCAAAUAAUAGCCAAUAAUCAGUGAUUGAUUUUAAGCUGGCCAAUUAACCUGGGCCCCUCUCACACAAUUCUAUAAAUCUAUAUUUAAACACUGUUAGUGAUGCUGAUGUUCUUAGUAGGCUCAGAACCACAGAGACUGUUUUGGUUGCCCAGGCCUUGUGGGGUGGAUUUUUUCGGAUCUGUCAGCAGCGGUGCAAACCCCCCUGGUAGUAACACCAGGACCCCCUCGACCUCCUUAGCUGACCUGAUUAAUUCCUGAAGAAAAUAUGAGGUAGAAAUCUAAGCAUUUUGAAACCACUGAUACUGAAAGACCAACAUUUUUGUAACAUCAAAUAAACACUUUGAUCAGACAUGACCUACUUCAAAAAUUAUUAAUGGCGAAGAGAACAGGCAACAACAACACUGACCAAGGACAAGGACCAACAACAUGAACUAACAGUAUGGAACAACAUCAUUGACCAAUCACAGAAGUUAAAGACAUUCAGACAACUACUUGAACAAACAAUAGCAUCAACAAAACAACUGCAAGGGGUUCACUGCUUUACUGCAGAUGAAUUGACAAGAUGAUGGUGAGUAAUAACCACGUUGCAGCUAGAGACAUAUCUAUAAAUGCAGCAAAUGCAUAUGCAAAAUAGGCAUAUGCAACAUCUAUAUGCAGCAAACACAUGUGCAACAUACUGUAGAUAUAUGCAUCACCCACAUAUGCAACAUCUAUAUGCAGCAACAUCGACAUAUCCAUAAAGCAUUAAGACCAUAGACAUCAACCGAAGACACAUAGCAGCAACAUAGAUCAACAACAUUUACACAUAUGACUUCUACUUAUUUUUGAUACAAAUGGAACCCCAUAUUUUUUACUGCUUUUCAUUGGAUGCUUAUGUUAGUUAUUGAGUUGCGAUUUUAUGUCGUUUUAAGUUUGUCACAUUUUAAGAGGUUUUUAUUAGUUUGGAUGUGGCCGUCAGGUGUGUCUGGCGGAUGGCUGAGGUUUUCUCCACGCUGACACAGAAGAAUGGCACCAAGGUGGGUACUGGCUCUCCAUGCAGCGUGGAGAAAGUUUGUUUGGCUGUUGGGGAGCUGAUUGGACAUGGCUCUAUCAAGUCUGCAGCUUGAAUGAUAUGAUAUCAGAUGCUGCAGAUCUUCUCUCAGUCUGUUGUUGAGAGCGUCAUGUUUUUUGCCAUCAUCUGUUGGGGCAGAGGCAUCAGAGCCAGGGACAUAAAAAGGCUCAAUAACCUGAUAACGAAAGCUGGUUCUGUUCUGUGGCACCUCUGAAGAUUAUUAUGCAAAGAAGGAUUAUUCAUAGAAUCAAGAAAAUUAUGGACAACCCUGGUCACCCUCUUCAUGAGACUGUCUUGGGAAAACAGUGUCUACAGUCAGAAGCUUUUAAAGAUUUGCUCUACAGACUGCUACAAGAGAUCUUUCCUGCCAUCAGUUAUCUACAAUAACUCUAUGAAGAAAAUGAAUUAAUACGAGUACAACAUUUAAUUUCCCUUUGGAAUCAAUAAAGCAUUUUUGAAUUUGAAUUUUUAUUCAUAGAUUCCUGUGAUCAGUGUCACUGAUCUUACAACGCCUUUACAAUAAUUUAAGGCAUUAAAAACAAGAUUUAAUGAGUAACCCAUUUUAAAAAAUCCCUCAUGAACAUUGAUUCAGUGUCUCUCGAUACAAGUUAUGCAUUAUGUAAAUUAUAACUUACCUUGUUUUAUUUUUAAACCUUUUUUGGACUUGCCAUGUUCUGGAUGACUGAGAACAAGUAGAUAGAAAUAAAUAUCUGGGCAGUAUUACUUAAACUUAAGGCUCAAAGCACCAGGGUUUUCCUAGAAAAAUAUUCAGAUUUUAUUUCGUGGUUUUAAAGGCUGUAUGUUAACGAUGGUAAGAAAUAAAUGCAUGCUGUCUUCUUUUCAAUCUACUGUCAGCUGCUAUGCUCUCUCUCUCCUCUGGUCUCAAUGUGUUAUGAGACAGAUAAUCUGUGGAAAAAUCAAGCUCUUCUGAUCCCGCUGCGCGCGCGCGUGAUGCUUCGUUAGAACCCUCUCCUCCCUCCCUUCGCUUCUACUACCUCUCCUUGAUUGCAGCAGGAAAAUGAAGCAACACAGAAACAUUUGCAGUUCAUUCGUGAUUCGAGCAGCAGGUUUAGGACGCUGCACGAGAGGCGAACCUCUGAGCUCCGACGCCAUUGGUGGAGGGAAGCUGGGAUGCGCUUUCUGAGCAGAUUGUCGCCUGGCUGUGUGGACGCCCUCUGAAAAUGGUGUAGGCUAUAAUAAUAAUCCCGGCGCAGGCAGGCCGCUUCUGCUCCAUGGCGAUGAGUGACGGAAGGGAAAAUUGGGCUUUUUCUUCUUACACCGGACGCUUCUGAGAUGAGGGAUAAAAAGAGGAGGAAGAAGAAAUUGGCGUUUGAUUUUUAGGUUCGGAUUACAGCACAUCGAGAUGGAUUCUAUUUAGGAGUCGGUUUAUAUUAUUAUUAUUGUUAUUAUUAUUUAUGAUUUCCACUCAAACCCUUUUGGGUGGGGGCGAGCAGGAGCGAUGAUUUGAUGCGGGAGAUACGCAACAUUCAUGGCGAACACAACAGAGUUCGGGGAGAGCAGCGCGUCCUUCCACAGCUAUGCAUCCACGGCCUCUGCGGUCAAGCUGGCCUCCCUAGGGCUCAUCAUGGGCGCGAGUCUGCUGGGCAACGCGUCGCUGUCUCUGCUGCUGCUGAAGGACAGUUCACUGCACAAGGCUCCCUACUACUUCUUGCUGGACCUGUGUCUGGCCGACGUGCUGCGCUCGGCCGUCUGCUUCCCCUUUGUGAUGGUGUCUAUCGGAGCCGGUUCCGAUUGGCCGUAUGGCGCGCUCAGCUGCAAAAUUGUCGCCUUCAUGUCGGUGCUCUUCUGCUUCCACGUCGCCUUCCUGCUCUUCUGCGUCAGCGUCACCCGCUAUAUGGCGAUCGCCCAUCACCGCUUCUACUCCAAGCGCAUGAACCUGUGCACGUGCGUGGCGGUCAUCUGCAUGGUGUGGACCCUCUCCGUGGCCAUGGCCUUCCCGCCAGUGUUCGACGUGGGCACCUACAAGUUCGUGCCCGAGGAGGAGCAGUGCACGUUCGAGCACCGCUACGUCAAGUCCAACGACACUCUGGGCUUCAUGCUGAUGCUCGUGGUCAUCGUGGGCACCACACACGUGGUUUACGUGAAGAUGCUGUGCUUCGUUUACGACCACCGCAAGAUGAAGCCAGCCCAACUGGUGCCGGCCAUCAGCCAGAACUGGACCUUCCAUGGGCCCGGAGCCACCGGGCAAGCUGCAGCCAAUUGGAUCGCUGGCUUCGGGCGUGGGCCGACGCCGCCCACGCUGGUGGGCAUCCGGCAGGCGUCGCACCCUGGCAAUAGGAGGCUGCUGGUGCUGGACGAGUUUAAGACGGAGAAGCGCAUCGGGAAGAUGUACUUCCUGAUCACGCUGGCCUUCCUCGUUCUGUGGGCGCCUUACAUUAGCGCAUGCUACUUGAGGAUAUUCGUGCGCGGGGCUCCCAUCCCGGAGCUCCACCUGACAGCCGCGGUGUGGAUGAGCUUCGCCCAGGCGGGGGCCAACCCCAUCAUCAGCUUCAUGUUCAAUAAGGAGCUGCGGGUUAGACUCAGAGCCUGCUUUUCCUGCUGCCUGGGAACACAGACACCCAUGGAGCCAUACUGCAUCAUAUGAACCCUCUAGGCCCCGCUCCCCAAAUAUACAGCCAAAGACUGACAUUUAUGCACUGUAAAAACUGCUGACUCAAAAUGAACCGGAUGUGUGUAAGUUUGCUCAAACAGGGACUUUGUUUGGGUUAUUUAACCAGCUUACACUGAUAAAAACAAACUGGUAGGGUUUAACUAAUCAAAGUGGUCUGUAUACAUUUUAUUUGGGAAGAUUUUAAUCUAAAGUCUAUAAGUUUCAUACGUAAAAUGCAAAUAAAUUUAAUUCUGCAAGUUUUGAACAUGCUUAAAAAUUCUCUCAGAUAAAUAAGGUUCAUGUUGGUAAGCUGUCUUUUUACUCCCAAGUUAAAAAGAAACGGUUUGUAAUUAUGACACCAUGUUAUUAAUAUGAAAUAGGUACAUAACAGGAGUGUGACAACUUUAUGGGACAACCACAAUUUUUUGUUAAUGUUUACAAAAUGCACUUGAAAGAAUCUGAUCAGUGUAGGAAAGUCCAAUCCAGGUUUGAUAACUCCAGUUAUUUGAGACUUUUGUCAAAAUAGUGGAUUCUAACAGUGAAAAAGUUUGAAAAUGUUUCCUUUUGUUUUUUCACCAAUGUGACAUUUUUACAAAUGUCCAACUGGUCAGGUUCAGAUUUCACCAUUCUACAUAUUUUAGGGCUUUUUCUCACUUAUAUUUUCUUAAGUUUUGUCCAAAUCAGUUGAGUUUCUUUGCUUGUGACUUUCUCCUUUUGUUCAGUUUCUCCGUGAAAGUGAAAAGUGAAAACCAGUCUGAAUAUUGGUCAGUUGUGUCUGUAAUGUAAACAAAGGAAGCAUAUUCUGUGUGCUGAGCUUAUAGAGAAUACAGAUAAUUUAAUCAUAUCAGUAGUGUGUUUCUGGGUAUUUCAGAAAAAUCAAGGCCCUGAUUUUUUGGGGGCAGCCCAAAGAUUUUUCUUUUUAAAAAAUACAUGCUUUGCAAACAUUGCACUUGAUACAAAACUCACAAACUGCUACCAGGGGAGUUGUACUAAUGUUUUUGGAGUUUUUAUUAAUAUAAACAAUAUUCAAGUGUUUGAAAAGGGAAUUUAGUAGAUUUCUUUGGAAACAGCAUGAAAAUAUUGGCAGGGGAUGUAUUAAACCGACCAUGCAUCAAUCCAAACCUGCUCAUUUGUAGGACUAUGUAUUAAUGUUCUGUAAUUUGAUUUAGUGAGACAAUUUUUCUGUUGUGAAUAGAUCACCAAAACUGGCUCCAGCCCAGGGCCCACAUCCUUGUAAAUCCAGCCCUGUCUACAAAAUAAUUUUGAGAAGACAUCUUGAAAAUUGCAUACAGUUCUAUGCUUUAUGAAAAAAAAAUGUUUAGCCAAUUUUUAUUACUCUUACACAUCACACAGUGUGCAGCUCAAACCUGGCUAUGGGAAGCUGUUUGACUCAAAUUUGCAGUGUACACCUGAUAUCCGUGUUGCAUUGAGAUCGGAUCACAUUCAGACCAUAAAUUAACUGUUCUGGAGUUCAUUUGAAACAGUACUGAGAGCGCCUCCUCCAAAACAGUCCUGGUACAGUUGUUUCAUUGUCAACAAUAUGUUCACAUCUACCCAGACAAACUCCACAGGGUGGAAAGAACCAUAGUUUGUCUUAGAUGAAGUUCGUCUUAACUGGUAUGAAAACACCCUUAAAUUUAGAAUCACAAGCACACAAAUUAAGUUCAGGUUCCUUAAAAACCUUUUACUCUUAGGACUAAUCGAAAGCUCUGAAGAAGAUGCUAGUUUUUACAUUGUGAAUUAUUGUUUGCCAGAGUCGGUAUUCUCACAAUUUUUACAAAUCAAUUUUAUUUUGUUUGUCACUAUAACAAAAUCUGACUGUUUAAGCACCUUGGCUUGAAAUUUCUUUACAUGCAAAAUGGAAGUGGUAAGAGGUAUAAUAUGAAUGAUAGUCACAACAUGUAGGUAAGAAUUAUUAAAUGAAGCAAAUUGCCCCACAGUCUAUGGAUAACAAAAUUAAUAAACAAAACCAAGAAUAGGUCACAAUCUGACCAAAUGAAAUAACAGAAUUAAAAAAUGACAUUAAAAUUUUGCUUCUAUAUACUGACCUGGUUCUCAAUCAAAGUAUGAAUCUUGUACUUAGCUACAUUAGCUUGCAGCAACUACUUAGCAGCUAAAAGGUUAAUGUUAGCUUAAGGAAACAAACUAGAUCUCUAGUGCGACACACCAACCACACAGUUGGUUGGCGUGUCAAUAACCCGCCAACCAACUGAAAUUAAUAUUAUUAUACCAUGUAACUUUACCAUCUUAACAUUUUUUAUUUCAUGCUGGAGAAGAAGCUCGGUGACAUCUCUUUAGGUCAUUCAAAAUGUACAAAAUGGUGAAGAAUGAUGCUGUUCAUUCUGCUCUCUUGGCCAACACAAACAGUGGGUUUUUGGAGUUUUUUGCCUGAUGUUUGAUUUUAAAAAACUACUAAAGUUUUGUCCCAGCAGCAUAAAACCAACAUCUGAAUAAUAAAAAAAAACAACCCAGCAGUUCUUGUGUGUGUAGCUUAGCUGUUAUAGAACGUGUUCUCAAUAUGCCCUAAACACAGGAAAGGAUGGACUGUGAAAAUGAUGGGGAAGGCAAACUCACUUUUAGUUUUUAUACAUUUUUAUUUCUGGACAAACCUUUUACUCAUAUUAAUCCUAAAACGUUUAUUAUACUGUAUACUAACUUUACACUUUAACUUUAAAAUUCAGCUUAGCAAUGAAGGUAGCAACAAAGGACCUGUAUGACGCAACAUUAUGUCGAAGGACACCAUGAGUUAAUUAGAAUUUUCUGCAUGUAGACUAGGUGAUGUUUCAGGACAAGUCUUCCUUGGCUGGAUUUUGAUUUGCUCCACAGCAACACAUGCCACUGUCUUUUGGCUACAUUCUGAAAUGAUUUCCCAUGACUUGAAACAAGUCGUGGGACUUGUUUCAAGUCAUUGAGCCAACUUCUCAAGAGCCUAGGAGAUGCUAACAGUUGUAAUUUAAUGUUAUUUAUUUUUUCUUUUCUGUCCCUUGUGGACUUAGUAAUGUUUUUGAAAGUAGAGGAACAAGCAAUAUUAAUUUUUUCAGCGGUUAAUACAAAUCUACAGAGUUUUUAAGAUAGUUUUAAAAAGCUAUCUGCUACAACUUGAGGGCAGCUCUGUGGCGCCAACUUUGUCAUCUGUGACAGAUUUUAUUUUACAUUUGAAUACCCAACAUAAGAUGUAGAGCUUGUUUUUUUGUGAAUGAAUGCAAUACCAAUAACUGCUGUAAAUACUGUAAAUCCCUGUCACCAUUUUUUUCUAACCUUAUUUCAAGCUGUUAGUUUAAAUAUGUUGUAUAUUCCAUCAUCUAAUCUUUGUGUAGAGCAAAGUUUUCAAACUCGCUUUGAAAAUACUUAGCAAACUCUUUCAUCAGUUGCAUCAAGAGACUGGUUGAUUUACACUGGUUGCAAUCGGAUACACACUCCAGUCAGCGUCCCUUUUUCCAUGGAUGUGUCUGGGACUCUGAACAAUUUGGUGCUUUGAAAACAACUUUGCAUUUCCUAGCAAAUAAAUUGAAAAUAUACAAUU